AUGGCGUCUACAGAAGCGGGUGAAGAGCGUGUCAGGAGUAGAGGAGGCCGGCGCCCAGUGCAAGUGCUGAAUUGGGAGCAACAUCGAGAGCAUAUCUUACAUCUAUAUGAGACGGAGAACAGGCCUCUGCGUGAGGUCUGCGAUAUCAUGCGUGAAAGUCAUGGGUUUGUUGCUACGCACCGAAUGUACAAGACGAAAUUUAAAGCUUGGGGUGUUACGAAAUAUCGAGUAAACAGUUGGGUGAAACGCUAUGAUCGACAGGUCAAGCAGAGUCAUGCCCGAAGUGGAGAGCCAUAUCAUGCGACGAACACCACUGGAUUCUACGCCGCGGACGGAGAAACUGGUUUACCAGCCGUUCAUCAUGGGUAUCACAAUGGGAUGAUUGUUGAUCAAGAUACAAAUUGUUUUCCGAUCCUACCAUACAGGAACCGGAAAUUUGGGCACCUUGACCUACCCUGCUCCUGGAACCGCUCUUCUUCCUUAAGUUCGGCUAUGUCGGUCAACCAUACCCCAAACCGUUCGCAGGGGCCUUCCCAGCUUUCCAAUUCGGAGAAGGCAUCGAUAUUGACGCCUGAGUCGUUUGGCAGUAGUGAGGCAAAUUGCUUGCCAUCCCUUGCGCCAUUCGAAAUCGACUCGAGCGUUGCGAGGACCUACGAUUUGCUCGGGAUUGGAAGCGAUGUCGAAGCAUGCACACCUUAUCCAAGACGAGCAUCUCAAGUACCACGUAGCGUCCCACAAGGGUGCAUGCAUGACGUCCAUCUCGAUGAUCAAAUGCUUGCUGGCGAGAUCAUUGACCAGACAAUGGGCCUCUCUUCGCCGUCAACCUUUAGCAUUCCAACACCGACCGAGGCAUUCCAGGAGCUGAUGGGCAGGCCGAUAGAAGACUCAGUUUUCCCGUUAGAUGAGUUUAAGGAGCAGCUCGACACCAUGAGAAGUGCCGAACUAGACUCGGAUCUCAACUCUCCGCGGCCCGAGACUUGGACAACUCUUUCUCUUCAGAUCAAUGUCCUUUGUGGUCAAGAGAAGACAGCAGAAGCAAAAUACUAUAUGCUAUGGGCUGGGAUGAUCUUCGAGAGACUCGUGCAAGAGAAAAAUGAUCAGAUAUUAUCGAUACUCAAUACUGCCCUUGCCAACCUCUUUCUCCAUAAAAAUGCAACACUUGCAGUCGAGCUUCUUUCGCAGGCUCAGGUUGCAGCAUCAUUUCAUCUCGAACCCGAAGAUCCGCUUAUCGUCUCCAUGGCAUUCAUGAUCUCCAUGGCUAUGAGGAAGGUUAAGACCUGUGGCAUCAAUAUCUGUAAAUUGCGCCAAGUUGCCAAGCAGAUGAAAACGAUAUGGGGCGCGAAUCAUCGAUAUUGCAUUAUCGCAGACUACCAUCUAGCUUGGAGACUGGCUAUGGAACCCAACCUGCGCGCGGAAGCAUUGAAGAUAUUGCAUGAGACACAAAUUCGUUCAGAGAAAGUGUUUGACCCGUUGCAUAUGCAGACAGUAGCGCUUGUUUCCUCUAAGGCGCGGGUUCUUUGCCAUCUGGGCCAUUAUCUGGAAGCGCAAAAGACCAGCUUUGAAGCUCUACAAAGAGUCCAGCGGUGGGAUAUCAUGUCAGAUCAUCCCUACUAUCUGGAAGCUAUACGACGGCACGAGAUAUUCUUGAAGGAACUAAACCGGGUAAGAUCGCGUUGA